AAGACUAUGGGCGCCAUAUGUUGUGACAGUGGGUAGAAAAGGUAAACAAUCUUAUCUCGUCAUCGGGUGCUAUUGCGUGAACGUUCGGAUCGAACCGAAGGCAAAGAAAAAAAGACGCAGUGCGUGUGUGAUUGCUCGUCCUCAUUGUUUCCCUCGAUCCCAGCGCGUGUAAUUUAGACGACUAACCAUCAUCACUGGCCACACCACAUACACACACUCACGCGCCACAUCGUGCCAAUCCCGCAUGUAUCCGGAGCUUGGGCUAACAAAUUAACCGCAUCUAAUCGAAACUCGCUUGUGUAUCGCAAAAUCCCAUUCAUCACACUCCUGUUGCUUCCAAUUUCCACUGCUGCUGCUGGCUCGCUGGUCAGCCCCUGCUACAGGCGCGGCAUCAGUAUGCUGUUCACACUUGUGUACAUCGCUAUAACCCUUCGUACCUCGUUAAGAUUUAGAGCCAUAAGAAAUAGCAUCAAGAAAAUACUGACCGAUCGCUACGCUGUCAGCUUUUACACUGCAUCCAAUGGUGACGACGGGGUGACGGAACUCGAUUCUCCCGAUGCUUCGGCUGGUGCCAACGUGUCCUCCUGUGUGUGGUAUCUUCCCGACCAGCGCGGCUGUCUGGUGUACCCGGUGCGACGGAUAACGCUUGCCGAUUGGUACACCAUCCCGGAGAUAGCAGCACCAGUCCUUGUUCCUGGCCCGCAACCGAUCAGCGAUGAGCUCGUUCAGCUGAUCGUAACGCUGGAACCACCGGAACGGUCAAGCGACCAGAAUCCUAUUGGCGUGAAGGAGCAAGGGGAAGAAGACUCCGUCAUGUUGAGCCGAUUUGGACGGGUUUUGGCGUGGCGAAAUCGCAGGAGCCGUAGCUUGGACCUGCUGCUAGAAACCGAUGCCACACGCACGUUCCAGCUGAUCGUAGCAACCUUCGGAAGUGGACGAUUCGGAUUGGAUGGUGGCCGCUUGAAACUGGUGCAACUGGAGAGUGUUGAAACGCUCGGCGAGUCGAUGCCUUUGCAUGAGCCAGACGACGCACUGUUGAAGGCACAGGAACGAAAUCUUGGUACGGAUGCAUGGCUUACGGAUUUGCUGACAGUUGCUGAACGAAUUGAGAACGAACGUUGCUCCACUAACUAUUCGGGCGUUGGAAUUCAACCGGACAUAAUCGCAUCCAACGACAUUAAGAUUUCUUUAGAACUUUUGGAUGGCACUGUAGUUUCUAGUCAAAGUCGGGCCGAUUUGCUUUCCAGUGGAAGUAAUUCACGCAAUCGAUCGCAAUUGGAUCUAACUGAUGGGUUAAUGUCGACGAAUGGGCCGAACCAUUCCUGCCCGUUCGAAGAGCCCGAACCGGACGGUACGGUGUCACGAAGCACAACUGACGAAUUGAUCGGAGAGACUGAACAGAAAGCCUCAUCACCUUGCCCCACCGCCGUUGCUAAGGGCGACGAGGAAGAAAAGAAGCAUGACGCUGUAGCCGAACCACCGAUGACGGUAGUAGAGGACGUAGUUGCCAAUGCCAAAGAACUGAAACCCACAACACCACCAAUCGUAGAACCGUCCGAACCAGAAGCAAAAGAUGCAGUAAUAUCGAACGGAACGGUGAAGCAUCAUCCCGUUCGCGAACCAUUACAGCCAGCCAAAUCGAAUCCACCGCUACCCGUACCGGCUAGUCCGUCGUCUGCCAAACCGAAUGAACCGAUCGCGGUGCCGGCUAAACCUAAACCCACGCGUUCGUUGCGCAAAAGCUCGUUCCCAUCCAGUCGGCUACGGCUGGGCACGGAUCAGUCGGGCGUCGUUACCAAACCACCGAACAUUUUGGUCCACUCCGACAGCAGCUCGACGAUGGAGUACGUUAUUGCGACGCUGAACAAUCUGCUCGAACCGAACACGUACACCAUUUAUCCGAUUACGGCGGGACAAGCGAUUGCGGCCAGCUGGCUACAGAGUACGGUGCUGAUAAUCGUGGCCGGAUCGCUCGAUAUGGAGGUGCGGAAGAUACUGCUGGACUAUUUCCUACACGGCGGGACGGUGUUUAGCUUGUGCUCGGAUCUGCUCGACAUUAUACUGCCCGAUUCGAAGACGGCGGAAAUCCGUGAGCGGGAACUGGUUAGCUUUUCGUACCGCAAAUGGAAGCAAAUCAAGAUGCUGCAUCACAUAUUCUGCUACCAGCUGUCGCCAGCCAAGAAGCAAUUUUCACUAGAAUCGGAGGAAACUUCGACCCUGUUGCCAGUUUCAUAUGUGGACGUGUCCGAUCGCCAAGGAAAGCCCCACUCGCUAGCGGUGGAGAUACUGGCGCAGGAGGAAACGUGGAACACACCCAGCAUUCUGGAAGCUCACAACCGUAAAACGGGUGGUAGGGCCAUCUUUUCGCAGAUACAUCUCGAGCUGGACCCGUCCCAGUUCCAAUCCAACAUCGACGGGGCGGACAAUUCGCUUCACAGCUCGAAUCAGCUGCGUUACGAAAUUUUAAGCGACCUGCUGGGAAGCCGCAUUGGGCUGAAGCUGAAGGAGAAAGAUGGUGGCAGUGCGGACGAGCAGUCGAUUGUGUACAAAAAUGCGUACUUCUUGGGCAAGCAUGAGGCAAAGGUCCAGAUGCUGGAGUCACUGAAGAGCACCAUGAGCCGUCCGAACGUGAUUCAGAUGAAUGAGCUUGCGCUACAGUUUUGUGGCAAAAGCGACGCCGCACCGAAUCCAGCAACCGAUUCGCAUCUGCCAGUGAUGGUCUUUCACUGUCCAGAAGAUUUCUCCACCGUGGAGUAUUUUGAGAACUUAACCACCAGCAAGAUAGGCCGCAUCGGCAUUUACGCACCUAUUAUGACCAGCUCCAUGCAGAUCGUGUCCAACUUAACGCUCACGCAUGGCUUCAUGGUGAUCGCACGCUAUCAAACCAAAGGCAAGGGCCGCAACAACAAUCAGUGGCUCAGUCCUCCUGGGUGUGCCAUGUUUUCGCUGCAGCUUCACAUCCCGAUGAGUAGCAUGCUGGGACAACGGUUGCCGAUCGUGCAGCAUCUCGUAGCGAUUGCCGUCGUUUCCGCCAUCCUGUCGCUGCCUGGGUAUGAGAAGCUUGAUUUGGGACUAAAGUGGCCGAACGAUAUCUACGCGUACGGCGCAUCCAAGCUUGGCGGCAGCAUCUUCAACACGCAGGUCGACUCCAUCGAGGCGAUCGUGAAUCUGGGCGUUGGAUUCAAUCUAAGCAACAGCAAGCCAACGCUCUGCCUGAACGACGUUAUCGCACAGUACAAUGCAAAACACUCGACCACGCUGCCGGCGUUGUCGUACGAAAAAACGUUUGCCCUUAUCUUCAACAAGCUGGAGCAGCUGUACGAUCGAGUGCAGCGCGAUGGUAUAGAGGUGCUGCAGCACGAAUACUACCGCUACUGGCUGCAUCAGGAUGCGGAAAUCAGCAUGGUCGGCACGGAAGGUGAGUCGUUGCAGGGCACGAUCGUCGGAAUCGACGAGUACGGGUUUCUGCUGGUGAAGAAACAACCGUCCGGCGAAACCGUGUCCGUGCAUCCGGAUGGAAAUAGCUUCGACAUGAUGCAGGGAUUGAUUGUUCCCAAGUUCAAUUAGGCACAGAUGUCCUAGCAUAGUCGAUCAUCAAACACAAAAUGUUACACCAUUCCUGUUUAGCUGAUGCGUUGCAUUGGAUCCAGUGUAGAUAACAUAGAACACGAGGGAUCGUAGAACGAACUAGAAAGUUGACUGUUGCAUAUGCUGGACCAAGGAUAAUGUAUUUAGAAGGUUGAUUUUUAUCGCUUUUGCUGGGCGACAUUGUGGGGGACAUCUGUCACUCUCUGCAUACAAAUUUCAUUACCCCGCACUAGCCCUCCCCGAUUUUUAUACCGGAGCCCCCGGAAGAGAUAUGUCAAGUCGAGAAAUGUCAUUUUGCUCUGAACAACUUCACCUUGUCAUUUAUAACACCUUGAUGCUGGACAAUGUUUGUGGGCUUAGAUAGCUGUUAGAGUAUUUAAUGUGAGGGUCGGAAUUGAUUGGGUACUUGUUGUUGUAAGUGUAAGAGCCACCAAGAGAUAUGUAUACUGCCGCCGUAGUUUGAUGUUAAUGUAAUUAGAGCGUGUGUGUGUGUGUGUGUUUUUACAACAUCUACAUGUGUCUUUCGGAUGUUUCCGCUCAUCUCCGUUGUCCUCCUGUUCACGAUGAAAAAUUUACUUACCACCUUCUUACCUCCAGUUAAAGAGAUUUGCUUCCCCGAGUGGAAUUGUACGCUUUAUUGCUACUCGAAGCAUAACACAACACAUCUGAAUGUGCUUAUAUAGCUGUAAUUAUUAAAAGUCUUUCACACAUCAAGGUUUUAGAUAGUAUGAUAAACGAUCAAAUUGUUUUUAAAAAUGGAGAAGGAGUCGAUGGGAGAUUGUUGCAUUUAGUGCUUAAAAUCGUGGUGUUGUUUAGCAGCUGCGGUGCUGCCUACGUUUGAUUCCUUUUGUUUAGUUCCUAUGGUCGUUUCAGUGUCAUCUUGUUACAAACAAUUGUUAUAGUUUCACUGUUUACCAAAUAUUAUAAGUGUAAUGGAGAGAAUAUUAAACUGACCAUGGUCAGGGGGAAAAAAAGGAAAGAUUUCACGGUUAAACUUUAAAAUAACGAAAUUAAUCGUUCAUAUCAUUGAAGGCACCAAUUUCAAAAUUUCUCGGCGUAAUCUAAACAUUGAAAUGUUCGUAAGAAAAACAAAAAAUUCCAUUCCUUAACGAUGUGCAUUCAAAAAGCUUAGCUAGUUACUGUGAAUAUUAAAAAGAAACUGUUAAAUAACAUAAAACCAUGCAAAUGAUCCUAUUAUAGCGAAGUAUGUACGAGCAGCAGCUAUUCCUGUUUAGGCUACAAAUUCAAAGUAAUGUCCGUUUCGGUGUUGUCCUACUCUUCAGUCAAACAAGUCAAAAUAAAUGAAAUUAGAUGUUCAAGCACAGCACAAAA